AUGAAGAAAGCAGUGGGCUACUUGCGUGUUUCCUCCAAAACCAAUUGUGGGCAAGGGAAAACAAGUCUGCAGAGACAAGAGCAGGCUAUCCGAUCCUUUGCAAAACAAGCAGGGCUUCGAGUGGAGAAAUCCGGCCUCUUCUCCGAUGUAGGCGUCUCGGGCACAGCGCCUGUGGAGAAGCGAGCGGGCUUCAUGAGAAUGCUUGAGUAUGCCAAGAGCCAGAACAUCGGCAGCAUACUCUUUGAAGAUGCCUCCAGACUGGCACGAUGCGUGGUUGUGCAAGAAUUGGCACUCAACCUCCUUCAUGACAUGAGUGUGACUGCGAUCUCUGUGUCCAACCCCGACCACUUCCAACCCGAUGAAUCUCCACACACAAAGUUAGUGCGGCAACUUAUUGGGGCAAUUUCGGAGUUUCACAGAAGCGAGACAGUUGCUCGAUUGAAGAAGGGCCGAGAAAUCAACCUUGCCAAGACCACAAAGUGCACUAUGAAGGGCGCUCCCAAGCUGGGCGGCAAGCCGAAUCGCCUGGAAGGCAAAGAGGGGAAGACCAUCAAGAGCGUGAUCCGCAGCGUCUUGAAAAGCAAGAGCAUCCAGAAGGGCGACCUGGCCAAGAUCCGCCAGAAGCUUUUUGAGAGAGGCGUUUCAACCUCGAAGGGCGCAGUUGUGAGCCACUCUCAGGUACUGACUUGGGCAAAUGCAGUUCUCUCCAAUUAG